ACGUGUGCGUAUGUCGGACAACUUGUACUAACCAGUUAAAGGUGCUCCUGCUAUACCUCUGCACUCGCGAAUGCCAUAGCCUUAGGGAAUCCCCCGCUGGUCGUUUCAUACGCAGUCCAUCGAAGAUGGGUAACUGGUUCCCCAGUAAUGGGAGUGUAAGUGUCUAUGUCAUAAGGUACAAUUGGUAUUCCAAGGCGGACAAUCAAUGUAUUAGAUGUUGAUGGUUUCAAUGCGGCUUUCCAAGUUGUAGGGUGCAUCUCUACAAAAUUUUCUCCUCGUGAAAGCGAACCUUGUCUGACAUGGUCAUUCCAGAAAAAUAAAUCACCAUAGAAGUCAAGAAAGUCCAUGUGUAUCCGCUCUGGCUCCCUCCUCAAUUUUCCCACCUGUCAGGAUCUUCUUCAGGCCUACAAUAGGGAUGGUGAGGACACUUAGUCAUGAUGGUACCUUUCUUGCAGGAGUUUGGUUCUGCUGUCGUCUUCUUCUCCAGUGUUAUCUUAUGCACAAUGCAAGAUUCCGCACACGGAGUUCCCCCAACUGGCGGGCAGGGCUCGAAUUCAGGCGUACAAUAUGCAAUCGAGCGCGCGUUGUUCUCGGAGAUCUCGCAGUUAACUCAGGAACAUUCUGAUCGAGAAGAACCCCCACCAUUUUUUGAAGGAAUACAAACAGAUCUUUCCCCUCCUGUCUUUGUUCUCCGGUUAAGCUUCACCCUUCAAGUGGCAUCGUCCGAGAUGGGUUCGAAGAACAAAAGCCAGGUGCCACGUCUGCCAAUUCUACCAACGGAUCCUAUUUCACGCCACCUUUCGUUGUUUG